UUCGAUAGAACAAUUUGAUGUUAUACAUAAAUUUCAUAAACCUUGUCUUAACUUUUCUAAUACAACUUUUAAUAAUAAAGAAUUAGCACUUUUAUCUAGGGGUUUGAAAUACAGACCGGUCAUCCAUAAUAAAAAAGAAGCCUUACAAAAUUUAGAAAUGUUAACAGUGGAAACUGAAACGGUUCUACAGAAUAUAGAAGCAGAUAAUAUAAAUCAAAUUAGAGCCCAGUGUAGUAACAUUUUAAGAACUGAGUUAAAGUCAAUUAAAAAUGCACCUAAUAAAACUGAAGGUGAUUUCAAUUCUACACUAAUUAAAUCUAUAAAAAAUAAAUUACAAAAUUCAAACUUAACCCUGACAAAAGCUGACAAAGGAAACUGUGUUGUUAUCUUAAAUAAAAAUGACUAUGACACUAAAGUGACUCAAUUUAUCCAAGAAAAUAAUUUUCGAAAACAGAGUGCAAGAUUACCAUCAUUUAUCAAAAAAGUGAAUGACACCUUAAAAUUUUGUACAAAUUUAAUCAAUCCUCAAUUAAGAUAUUUUCUUUCAGCUAACAACACAAAUGUUCCUAAACUUUAUGGCCUUCUUAAAGUUCAUAAAUCAGAUAUACCUGCUUCAAUGCCCAUAAGACCGGUGGUAGCAUACACUAACUCUCCAACAUAUAAAUUAGCUAAAUGGCUUAAUAAUCACUUAAUUACUACUAUAGAUUGUCACUUUCCCUACACUAUAAAAAAUAAUAUUCAACUUGUGGACAAAAUCAAAGAUAUCAUUAUCCCUGAAAAUGCCUUUUUUAUCUCUCUAGAUGUAACAAAUCUCUUUACUAACAUUCCUAUAUUCGAGGUAGUGGAUAUUAUUAAAAACAAAUUAUUUAAUUCUACAUUGACCAAUAUCGAAACACAAGAAAUAAUAAAUAUCCUAGAAAUUUGCUUAAAACAAAAUUUCUUUAAUUUUGAUAAUGAAACCUAUAUACAAGAGGAUGGCCUAGCCAUGGGAUCUCCAUUAUCCCCCCUCUUAGCUGAUACAUUUAUGAAUCACUUCGAAAGUAAUAAUAUUUUGAAUAACAACCCCUACCUAUCUAAUAUACUGUAUUAUUAUAGAUAUGUAGAUGACUGCAUUUUAUUAUGGAAUGGCAAUAAACAAAAUCUUAGUGAUUUUCUAUCAUUCAUUAAUAACAUUCAUCCAAAAAUAAAAUUUACAUUAGAAGUGGAAAUCAAUAAAACCAUAACCUUUUUAGACUUACUUAUUAAAAACGUAAAUAAUAAACAUGAUUUUGAGAUAUAUAGAAAACCUAGCCACACUGGAACAAUCAUACACAAUGAGUCAUUCCAUCCUUUUUCACAUAAAGCAGCAGCUUUAAAUAGUUAUGUAAAUAGAGCACUACAGAUUCCUCAAACAACUGAAAGCAGGGAUAGAGAGUUGAAUAUUAUCAAACAAAUUGCCCAAACUCAUAAUUUUUCUCCCAAUUUAGUAGACAAAAUAAAAAAUAAAUUUCUAUUACGUAAUGCGUUCCAAAAUGUCUACAUACCACAUCAAACAAUAUUAAGUAAUCAGCCAGUAAAUAAGUUCAUUUCACUUACAUACAAUGGAGCAGUUUCUUAUAAAAUCCAACGAGUUCUAACUUCUUUAAAUGUUAAGGUUGCCUUUAAAUCGAGCAAUUCAUUAGGUAACUUAUUGAUUAAUAAUAAAGACAAAACGGAUCCGUUAUCUUGUAAAGGAAUUUAUAAGCUUUAUUGUGAGUGUGGUUAUUUUUAUGUAGGUAGAACGAAGCGUAGUUUUAAAGCUCGGUUUAGCGAACAUGACCGAUGCAUUAGACAAAACAAUCCUGAGUCUUUAUUUGCUAAGCAUAUUAUGGAGACCGGUCACCCAUCGAAUCUACUAGAUAAUUACAAGAUCUUACAUAGAGUUCAGGACAACAUAAAUCUAAAUAAUCUUGAAUUACUCGAGAUUAAAAGAUCUCUCAAAAAAGAAUAUGAUAAAUCUCUUAAUAUUCAGAUUAACAUUCCUGAAACUAAUUUAAUUAAUAUUUUAUUUGAAUAACUCUUCCCUCCCUUUCCGGUUAAUUUAUUUUAAUAUAAACCCCGUUGUUUUCUUAAUAUAAACUGGUAGAGACAUCUGUUUAACAGUUUUAAAAUAUUUUAAAGUUACUGUGGGUACCGCUAUCUAGUACCCAUUCGGUUAUAGGAUAUAAAAUAUAGAUUUCUUUGUAACGUUCUUUCUUAAUUAUGAAAACUAGAUAUAGAUGACUCUGUUGGUCAGAUUAGUUUGAAUGGCGGUUAUCAUAGUUUUUAGAUCGUUUUGUCUAUUGUGUUGUAACGGUGCUUUUUAGAUGUUAUUGUUUUAAACCUAAGUGUAUUAUUUGUUAUCUUACGAUAAGAUUUACUUGCUUAAUUUUAGCUGUACCGUUCUAUAUGUGCUUUUGUUUUGUUUUGACAAAUCUCGUUUUUAACAAUUCCUCGACCUGAUGAUGCGAUGAUAUUGUAAUCGCGAAACCGGUCGUCAUAAUAAAAGGAAUUUCUGGUGAAAUAAGACCUUUAAUUUCUACUGUGUUUGCUAGCAAAUACCUAUAAAAAUACAUCCCAGAACAUGGACACCAUUCUCCAAACUAUGUUUCUU